ACUGAAAAGUCAUGAUAAUUUUUUAUAAAACAAAUAGUUUUUCGCAAUGGACGAUUCGUUUUUCGGGUUUGAUACAACCUCAGCACUACCGGAUGACGAUGUUGGCAUUGCAGAGCCACCGGAGGAGGCGUACGAUGCACUAAAUGAUGAAACCUUCGGCUCUGCGCUAAACGGCGACUGGGAGGAAGCCCACGAAACGCUGGUGCGGCUCGAUGGCAAUGGCGAAAGAAUUAAUAGACGCAAAGGCAAUGAUUUUACAGAUCAUAACCACACCGCGAAUGGUACUUAUGCCAACCAUAACCAUAAUCAUAACCAGAACCAGCAGCAACACCAUCAGCUGCUGCAGAUGCGUGGCUUGCAGCAAGGCAGCAGCAUUGGUGACUCGGACUUGGAGUUGAAUCUAUCUUCGAUGAAACUGGAUGAUGUUGACCUGAGCACUUUUGGUGAAAGUGAUGGCAGCAAUCGCAUAAGCUGCGAUUCGGGCGUUUGGUCGUCGCAGCCGUUUCCUAUGCCAAAUAAUCAAAUGCUUUUUCGGGAACAUUAUCGCAGCGCGUUUAAACCACAGUCUCAAGCAGACGCAGUCGCAGCAACACAAAUAAAGUCGUUUCAAGAGGCAAAUGCCAAUUUCGGUUUGCCACCUAUGCCGCCACCAACAUCAGCCAAAAUUACCACGCUCGAGGAUAUUGAACGCAAUUUAAUUAUACAGCAAUCAAUGCCUAAGCAGCAGGCCCAGCAACAACAACAACAGCAGCAGCAGCCACAGCAAAUGCAAAUGCAACAACAACAUGAGUUCAAUCGUCACCAAGCAGUAGUAACACCAACAAUGCAACAACAUAUGCAAAAGCCACCACAGCAUAAAGCACCGCCAGGCUUCAUGGGACCCACGCCACAAACGCCGCCGCCAAGGCCGAAUUUGGGAUUUCACGGCCCGCUGCCGGUGCCAGGUCAAGGUCCUAAUGCCGGUCCUGGUCUAAUGCCAACACCCCAACCCCAGCAUCAGCAUAUGAACGGACUCAGUGGAAAUCGUGUGCCGCCGGGCUUCAUCUAUCCACCCGGUAUGGGAGCCAACAUGCCACAUCCCUUGCUGCAGCAGCCUGGUCCAUUACCACCCAACUUUCCACGACCACUGCCAAACCCACAUCUGCCCACGGCGCUAAAUAACUUUGCUAUGCAUCCCAGCUUCAAUGCCAUGCGCGCCGCUGGAAUGCAUCCCGCUGCCUUUAUACAACCGGGUCCGCCAGGACCGCCACGAAUGCCGCCACACAACCUGAUGAAUCAGCAGCCGAACUCUAUGUACAACAUGUUCAAUAUGCGUCUGGUGCAGGAAAUACAACAAAAUCAUCCGCUGCUGCAAAAUGUAGCCGCCGCGGCGGCGCGCCAGCAACAGCAGCAGAUGCAGCAGCAGCAACAGCAACAGAAUCGCAACGGCGAGCGCCAAUUGAAGCAGCAGCAGCAGGGACAACCAGGACAGCAACAGCAAAUGAAUCGACAUGGCGGCAAUCUGCCGCAACUGGAGUACGAUGAGUAUGCGAAUCUGAUGAGCACGAGGGAUAAGCACUGGUUGAUUGGCAUACAGCUGUCGCAGUUGAACACAGAUACACCGUAUAUAGACGAUUACUACUACACGAUGUACAGGGAGCGUAAGAUGGGUCAGGUGCGUCACAGUCAGGCACACAAGGACAACCAGCUGAAUCAUCCGCUAACGCAGCCGCGUGGACAUGCGCAGCUUAUAAUGGUGCAGUUGGGUAACAAGAAUGGCCAACGCAACGGCCACGGGCAACAGCAUCGCGAGCGUCAUAAUUCCGAAAAUACUAGCAGCAACAACAAUAGCGGCAACAACCAUAAUAAUAACAACAACAAUGCGCUGCCAACUUACAUAUUUUCACCGCUGAAAUUCGAAAACUCGCUGGGCAAGCUGCAAUAUGGCAGCGUAACAGCGCCGCGCAAGAUUAUCGAUGCGGACAUCAUGGGCAGCGAAGCGGACAGCGCCUUAUCAGCAAGUGGUGCGCCAAAUGCAGAUAAGUCGAAUGACUCCAAUGAAGUGGUGCUGGCGCCCAGUAAUAUGCGCAAAUCACGCCACAUUCUGUUGCAUAUCGAAACGCUUUAUCGUUACUUGCUAAAGCUGGAAGAUCUGGACAGUCCAGAUGUUAUGGCAACAAUUGUGUUGAAAAAGAAAAAGGAAUUGGAGCGCAUUGCCGCGCUGGAGCAACUGGAGGCGGCAAACAAAACACCCGAGGAACGUGCCGCUGAGGCAAGCAAUCCAGGAAGCAUGAAUCCGCAGCUGAAAAAUAAAUUCAACUAUGAAAUUGAACCGCGUGGCGCGCUGGUGACAAAACUCAAAAGCGGCCUUACUUUCAACAAGGUCGUGCUAAUGAUGAACGUGCGCAAGGGCAAGAUACUUUUACGCCGCAUUAUGCCUUUCAUUGCGGAUCAGAGCAUACGCUGGAUUGUUUGGAGCGGCGUUUUUUGCUCUCUGCAGAACGUUGUUAAGAAGGACCGCGACGAUAUGGAGGGCAUGCUCUAUGCCCUUUAUCCAGAGUUCAAGAAACAUUCGCGUGAAGCGAAUUUUGAAACAAUUAUAAGCAUCUCGGCGCAAGUUACACUGAACGACAAAAAAAUGUCGGGCAUCUUUUGCAGUCGAUUCGGUAUACUAUCACUGGUAUGUUUGAUUUCACGUGCUGAAGCGUUAUAUAUGUUUGACAACGACGUCACACUGAGCGAGGAUAACAAACAAAAGUGGCGUGAGUUUUUGGCUCAGGUUGCAUCCUGUCUGAACCGCACCAUACAGAAUCAAACCAUUUCGGUGGCAAUUGAAUCGGAUGCAAUUCAACCCAUGAUGAAUCAUUUUGCGCGGUUCAAAGACUUGAAACUGGAUGCACUUCUGGCGUUGAUAACGGAAGCCAAGCAUCAGCUUUAAACGCAGUCUCCAUUGUUUCAUUUCACUGCACUUUAUAUUAUUUGGUUUUGUGUUUUGAAACGUUACAAUGAACCCCCGAUACACAUUGUAUGACCAUUAUCGCUAUGAUUGUGUUAAUCAUGAUCAUACAAACAAACAUUACACACGCACAAAUUGCAGAAGGCGUUUACACACACACACCCACACACACACAUGCAAACCAGGGCUGGAUAUAUUAACUCAAGCAAAGCAAAAACAAAAGGUACUCAUAAGAAAGUUAAUGAAAUAUGUAAUCAAAAGCAGGAAUGUUUAUUUUGUCCGAAGUAAUGUGCACUUAAAUAAUGGCAUAGGUAUAACUAUAUCACAAAUUGUUAUGGCACAUGCUAAGUUUGGUCAUUGUAUAUAUGCCAUUCUAAUAAGAAUUUUCUGAAAUUGGUCAUGCUCUUAAUAUAUAUUUUUUUUUUAUCUUGUGUCUUUUAACGUGUUUAGUCAACUCACAUAGUCGCUGAUUUAACAUAUUAGUCGGGCUUUGAAGGGAAAAAACAUUUUACUAAGUACAUACAUACAUAUAUAUUUAUCAGUUAAUAUAAUAUUUAAAUAAGCUCACAGUUUGUAAUUACAUAAAGCCCAAAUUGUUUUGCAUAUAAUCAUGAAUGUAGAAUUGAUUAUGUUACACUUGCUGUGUGAUUAACGUAAUUAAUAUAAUUUAUUUAAUGUGUGUGAUUAGACUUAUACAUACAUACAAACAUAAAUGCAUUAUGUCAGCUAUAUAUAAUUUAAAUUCUUUGUGACUUUGUAAAUAUCAGGCAUUUGAAUUUUCUUUGGAAAACCGACACACAAACCCAUUGUAAUGACCUAAUAUCGCAUUGCGAAAUUAUGAACAAUCCGCUUACUAAAUUUUAUAUAAAUUUGCAUACUACAAAACAAAACAAAACAAAACAUACACACAUAGAUGGAAACAAGUAGAUCGACGUCUUUAAUACAAUAAUAUUCAAAAUUGUGAUAAAUUUUGUCUCUAUUAAACGAUACCGGAUAGUAAAAACUGCACAUGAACAAGAAACCAACCAUUUUAAUAUCUUUAAUUCGAUUAUAUAACAUAUACAAACAUAUGUAGCUUAAAAAGCAAAUGCGCCAGAUCUAUAUUUGUUUAAAAAUCUGACGAUAUUUCUUAGGAAUGCAUGUUUCUUAUUUCAUUAGAGCCUAUAUCUUUUUAGUUUUUAGUCGUUAUAAGCUGCGUAUGGUUUCAUUUUUUAACAUUUUUGCAAAUAUAUAAUCAAGUUGCUUGCAAAAAGAGCAUUGCAAACUUAUAUAUGUAGUAGAUGUAACAGUUUUGUACUGUUUAUAAUGUAUCGAACCGGUACUUGGAAAUUCUUUUAAGAUUUGUAUAAAACUUUGUUUGUUUUUAUGUCAUUUUGUUGCGACCAACUUUCAUAAACAAUUGCCUCAUAAUAGAUUCAUAGAAAGAUGUGCACGUCAAGAGUUUGCAAAUACUCAAGCUAUUUGUCAUAGUUGAGUAUUUAUUGUAUUUAUAUGUAUUUGUACGUAUUAUAAUACCACUUGAAUUUGAUUACAGUUUUUUAUUUAGCCAAUAACAAAAAACCAAAAUGGCAAACAAAUUCGCAAUGUACUUGAUUUCAAAACAGAAGAAGAAUAAUAAUAAAAGCAUACCAAGCCACAGACGACACAUAA